GCGACUCCUCUUGGCUUGGCUGUGAUGAUGACGAUGACCCACAUCAGCAGCACGAGCGUCUUCCAGAAGUUUCCUCAGCGGGUUGUCAGCACGACGGCGUUAUAAAGACGCGCGUAGUAGUAUGAUCGGUAAAGUUUCGUCGUAGAAGCUUAUUAGUCUUAUUUUUGAGUCGUCGUCCUGAAGAGUAAACGCUGUCAGUGACCAGUGAGGGCAGCCUACCUUGACUGUUAGCAGGCUAGCUUUUCUUCACCGCAGCGCUGACAGCUGCUGCGGCUGCGGCGGAGGAGGAGGAUCCCGUCAACCCGGCCCAUACAGCGGGCAUGCUGGACGUGUGUCGCUGGGAGUGAAAAAAAACGGAAGCAUCUGCACUGAGAAUGUUUAUAUGAAGUUGGUAAAAGAUUGACCAGUUAUUGUAAUGGGUAAAGACUACUACAAAGUGCUCGGGAUAGCCAAAGGUGCCACCGAAGAUGAGAUAAAAAAGGCGUACAGAAAACAGGCCCUGCGUUUCCAUCCGGACAAGAACAAGUCCCCCGGAGCUGAGGAUAAAUUUAAGGAGAUUGCUGAAGCUUAUGAUGUCCUCAGUGAUGCCAAGAAAAAGGACAUUUAUGAUCGCUUCGGAGAAGAAGGUAUCUGAACCUCUCUGCCUUGCAUCUACUGUUUUUUUUUUUUUUACGCUUGUGGGACCUUUUCAGAUAAAGUUUGCUUUAAUUUAAUCAAGCAUGCAUUCUGCAUUUGCAGCCCCUGAUUCAGUGAGUUGAUGUAUUGAUGCAGCCCGUGAUCACUGCUUCUGGCAUCGCUCAUUAGACAGACAAUGAACCGGGUGUGUGCACAAUGUAUGGAGAACUUGCUGGAAACAGCGAGUUCUUGCCUGUCCGGUCACUCAGUUGCUGGAAUAAAAAUUCAGGUUUAACUUGCUCAGAAAUGCAGGAAUUCAUGCCUUUGGGCUGAAAUAUCACAGUCUACAUUCACAGGGUGCACUGAGAGAGAAAACUCUGCCACUAAAUGUGUCAAAAAGUUAGAUUUGUUGUCUGAUUUUUACUGCCAGAAGCAUUUCUUCUACAAGUCUAGUAGACAGUUUUGUUUUUACAAUAAAUUCAUCAGAAUUGAGGUAUAAGAAAUUAGGGUCCAACCAUAUGGAUUUGUUUGGGCCGAUGCCGAUUAUAGAGGGGGCGGUCCGAUUACCGAUUAAUCGGCCGAUUUUUCUUAUGAAGUUAUAAAAUAUAUACAUACUGUAGAUAUCUACAGCAUACAAUAUAAAGAUAUACUAUAGGCUACUGCUCUUUACGCCGACAGGAAGACCGACUGAUCAAACUCCCACCGAUGCCGAUCGGUGUGUCGUGACUCACAUUAUCCGUGUCCGGUCUCAUCUGGAGACAUGCAGCUGCCUCAGUAAGAGAAGUAGCUCGAUCAUGUAAUAUGUACUGUUGUUUAUUCUACCGUUACUGGCACUGCUAACAGUGUAGCAAGGCUAAUAGCAGGUUCGCUAACUCUAACUUUAGCUUGCAUAUUACAUGGUGCGUCACCGUGACCGAGACCAGCACAGUGGGGAACACUGGGUUGAACUUAAACUUGUUGACUUAUUGUGUAUUUCACAAACUAGUUUAUUUACCGUUGAGGCGGACCACUCUCCUCCGUGCGACCCUGAGCUGCCUGCUUCAGAUCCGUCACUCUGCUGUGCUGUGAGGUAGUUAGUGGAUGAAGAUUGUCAUGCGCCAUCUACAGGAUAAGUCGGGGAACUUUUCAAAUGGCAGAACAUUUUCAAAGUGAAACCGAAUCUUAUUCUCCACAUUUUAUUUCUGAAAAUAUCGGUGGGAAUCAGCGAGUUUUGGCCGAAUACCGAUUAGUCUCAAACGGGCUAAAAUUGGCCGAUUUAAUCGUCUCACCGAAAUAUGAUUUAAACUAAUUUUCUGUCCUUUAAUGUGAUCUCUUUAGGCUUGAAGGGUUCUCCUGGUGGUGGAGGUGGAGGACACAGCGGUCAAAGCUACAACUACACCUUCCAUGGAGACCCUCAUGCGAUGUUCGCAGAGUUCUUCGGCGGCCGCAACCCCUUCGAUCAUUUCUUCUCCCAGAAUGAAGAGGAUGACAUGGACAUCAAUGACCCCUUUGCACCAUUUGGCAUGGGGAGAAUGGGUGGCAUGGGUGGCUUUCACCGAUCCUUCAAAUCCCACCCAGGGGGUCCUCACAGAGCUCAUGAGAAGAAGAAGGACCCGCCUGUCGUUCACGAGCUGAAGGUGAGCCUCGAGGAGGUUUUCGCAGGCUGCACCAAAAAGAUGAAGAUUUCCCGCAAGAGACUGAACCCGGACGGCUGCACCAUGCGUAAUGAAGACAAGAUUUUAACUGUCGACAUCAAGCGCGGCUGGAAGGAGGGCACAAAAAUCACUUUUCCCAAGGAGGGGGAUGAAACUCCAACUAACAUUCCUGCAGAUGUGGUGUUCGUAGUAAAAGAUAAACCUCACCCGCUGUUCAGAAGAGAGGGCUCAGAUAUCAUCUAUCCUGCUAAAAUAUCACUCAGAGAUGUAAGUACAUGCUGGAGUUACAAAGUGUGGCUCAGUUUACCAAAAUAUGCAUCUGAUUAACUUGUUUUCUGUUUUCAGGCUUUGUGUGGAUGCACAGUCAGCGCCCCGACACUGGAUGGCCGGACCAUCACUGUGACCUCCAGAGACGUUGUCAAACCUGGAACCAAAAAGCGAAUCACUGGAGAGGGGCUACCUCUGUCCAAGUGCCCUGAGAGGAGAGGUGACAUGAUCUUGGACUUCACAGUCAAAUUUCCUGACAAACUGGGCCAAAACACACGAGAAACUCUCAAGCAGAUCCUUCCACCCUGACUUCACGCCCUGAAAGCUCGCACUGAAAAAAGUUUAACAAGUUAACAUUACCGGUGAUGCUCUCCUGUGCAGUUUAACCUGGACAGUUCCAGCUCAGGAAUCUAGUUCCUUCCCACUAUCUCGUCUCUUUACCGUAUUUGGACAGAAGAGCUGAUUUUACGUUUGGUUUGUGCAUUCAGUUGAGGUUGACUAACAGUAUUAGGAAACAGGCAGUCACAGUGACAGACUGAAGCAGGAAUAGUGUAAGAAAAGGAAAAUGUAUAAGAUGUAAAUAGAUAACCAAGUAAGGAAACAAGUGGUUGGUCUUUGUUUGCCUCCAAAAAGGAGAUAACCAAAGGAACCAGAGUGUUUUUUUUUUUAAAGUUUGUUGAGCUGCAAAACUUUAUAUAGCCACUUUUUUUCAGUUUCUCCACUCAAUGCAGCAGCUUCUUAUCAGUACCUCAGGUGCAGUGGUGCAUGUUUGACCAGAGCUACCAUGACGUCACACUGAAGGACAUGAUGAAGGUUUCUAUAUGGAUUGAAAUGAGGCUUAUAGGUUCAUAAUCAGCUUGAGCUGAUCAGAUCCAUGUUAGCGCUGCUUCAAUGUGGUAGAUUUGACUUUAUCGUCAAAGAGAGUCUGAAAAAGUGGAUCAGUGUGGUUGAGAUGUAACCUCUGUGGGAUGUCUGCACAAAAUGCAAGAGUCAAGAUUGAGAAUCGGGGCAUUCCUCUUUUCUGCUUCAUGAUAAUGUAAUCAAAACAGUAUAAUCUAUCACAGGAGAGCUGGCUUUAUUUGGAUGUAGAGGUGGAGCGCAUGGUUUAAAAAAUGCAAUGACUUACUGUUUUAGUGUUUACAAUAACAUGGCAGAAAUCUGCUUAAACGUCACAGUUUCAAGCUGUCAACAAUGACCGUCACUGUUCAAAAGGACAUUUUUGUUUUACACUGCUCUCUGCUCUCAGAUAACUGCAGGCUCAGUGUGAUAAGAGGCCUCUAUCCCAUGAACUCUACCAGGACAAUAAAACUAAAAUAUGCACAAACCUCCAAACAAAGAUGGUGUUUGGGUUUCAGUUUUGUUUGAAAAGCUGCAUGUUUGUGGGGAUUUGAAUUAAGAAAAUAGCUCGGCCCAGUUUCUCCGAGUGUAGGGAUGAAUUAUGUAUCAGGAGGGAAAAUGAUUACGAUAGCUCCUCUUUCAAAUGUUUACUCCAACAACGCUUCCACUCACUGGGAGCCUGUUACUUGUGAAAAACGUUUUUAAGAUAAUUUGUGCCAAAUAGUUGUCACUAUUGUGGGUGUAUCCGCAGUGACCUUGAGAGCAUGUUUUUUAAAUUCCAUGCUGUGACUGAAAAACCACAUAGAUGUCCUUUUAUAGGAGAAACAUGGUUCAGAAGUUGAUGUAUGGUUCUUCUGUCUGACUGCCUGUGUGAGUUUAUUUUAUUUUACCCCACAGCCUCAUGCGUCGGUCCGACAAAAGCAUCACAAAGACUGAGAUAUGAAUUUAAUUUAUACCCCUUAUUUUAAAUUCUGCAUUUAUUUCAAGAUGUACCUCACUAGCAGGUGAGUUUCAUACUUGAGGAAAAGAUGCGUAUUGAGCUCUGUGUCCCUUUUUGACUGUGCCACUGACUUAACUUUGUUUCUUCAUUUUCCUUUUUGAAGUUUUUUUGUUUUUGUUUUGCGCGUGUGUGUGUGUCUUCACAUGACUGUCAAACUUCAGGGCAGUCCAAACUUCAUCCUACUCCUGCUGGAGUUUUUUAGUUUAACCUUACACAAACAUGUGAUUAACAUGAAUGUAGAGAUGUGUAAUCUCUGUUAAAUGUAACUUUUAUUUUUGUUUUAAAAAAGGUUACCAGAUACUUGCGGGCUGUUUUUCCUUCUUAAAGGAAAGAGGCACAAACAUGAAUUUAUUUCAACUUGUGUUUAUGUUUAGAAAUUCUUCAGUUUGGGAUUCAAGAGUUUAUGAGUUAAACAGCAGAUCUUUGUAUCAAAUGUGAGGAUUUUUUUUUUAAUUGAUCUUUCCUAUGGUGUGUUGAUUUGAAUUCAACAUUAAAAAGACUGGCUAUCUAAUCAAUUACUGUGUGUAUGUUCAAGUUAUUGUGG